AUGAUAUAAAGUACAAGAGUACGUUCCAAUUUUCAUAAGUAAAUGGAAAAAUUAAAAGGAUUAUUGGUUUCCACUCACACAAUAUCCCCUAUUGAGGCAGAUCAACCACUUAGAAAAACUUAAACUCCUUUAAUUGGAUAAUUAUAACAAUCCAUCUAAUUUAGCGAUGAGGAGGAAUAGAGUGAAAAUAUCAAUGAAAUUGAUGUGAAAUCAACCAAUUUUAAUGAUGAGUUUGUUUUAGGAAGAAAAUUGGGAGAGGGUACUCAUGGAAUCGUAAAACUAUGUUGGAAGAAGGACAAUCCAAAUAUGUUAUUUGCUGUAAAAAUAAUUAAAACAAUUGACGAAGAGCAAUUGGAAAUAGUCAGAUAAACAUUCAUAAAUUCGACAAUCAUCAAAAGUCCUUACAUAGCAAAAUGUUACAAACUAUAUAUUGAUAUCAAUGUAAUUUAUAUGUUAAUGGAAUAUGUACCAUAUGCAAAUUUAUAAACUAUUUUACAAGAGAGAACAAAGCUAAAAGAGCAAGAGGUAUAAAAAAUCGCAAAUGCAUUAUUAAAAAGUGUGAGAUGUUUACACAGCGGUGGAAUAUGUCAUAGAGAUAUAAAACCAGAUAAUAUUAUGAUCGAUUAGAAUGAUUUUUCAGUUAAAUUAAUAGAUUUUGGUGUUUCUAGAAGAUUUGUAUCAUAUAAUAAUAGCACCUUUCGAUAUAUAAGAAAGGCGAUGUUGACUGUAACUGGCAAUCUUCAUUAUCGAGCACCUGAGAUUAUGUUUAGUCAAUCUUAUGGUUAUAAUCAACAGAUUGAUUUAUGGGCUAUAGGUGUUACACUAUAUCAAUCUCUAACAGGAUCUUUGCCAUUUAUUUCUGAUAAUACUGCUGAAAUCAUAGCAUUGCUAUCUGAUAGCAAUUCACUGUAAGAAGCAUUCCAAUAAGAGUCAUUCUUAAAAUUAUCAAGCAGUUGCAGAGAUCUAAUCAAAAGACUCCUAAUGUGGAAUCCUCUUAAAAGAUUAACUGCUUCUGAGGCAUUAAAACACAUAUGGAUUCCAAAUGCUUAAACUCCCAAGAAACCCUUGAUAAAGUGGAUCACAAAGGAUGACAUAGAUACAAGUAGAAUAAGUUAAAAUAGUGAUAUUUUGAAUAAGUCUUUAAUCAAUAGUGCCGAAAUUUUGAAUUAAGAGUUACAGAACACCUUAAUUAUAAGCAAACAAAUUGAUUCCAUUUUGGAAAGCUCGUAAGGAUCAAAAAAGAGCUUGCGAUUCUCAAUUAAAAUAAAAUAAGAGAAAGAUGGUCAAGAUUUCAAAUCUAAGCUAAAAUAAUUUAAAUUAGAAUCAUCCACCAAUAUAUAUAGUAGAAAAAAUCAAAGUCAAACAAAUGUAAUAUAAUUAGUAGGAGCCUGGAAUGAAAAAAAAAGAAAUUCUAUUAAAUUGGAGGAAGAUGAUGAUAUUUUUGGCAUAAAGGUCUGUCGCAGUCAUCAUUCUCUAACAUAAUUUGAAGAUCCAUUGUAAAUAGAGUAAUAAACUUAAAAGAACUCAUUGGAUCCUAAACUCUUGCAAGAGAUCUCUAAAUAUAAUUUGUGA